AUGGCGUCGCUGCUGUCGUACGGAGCCGGCAUCUUAGCCGGCGACAUCGGCGCGAAUCUGGAGGCCACGCUCGGCGUGCCAGGACCUCUGGCCGGCUGGAGCCACGUCAACCUGCCGGCGGAAGGCGACGACGAGCCUCGUCCCGCGGAGGGGGAUUUUCUCAGCCUCGUCACGCGCGAGGACGAUGACGUGGACGACGCUGACGUGGACAUGCUCGACGGAGACGGCGUGUCGCGCAGGCCAGUUAGGCAACUUCUAGGAGUCGAUUCUCCGUCCGGAAGUCCCGGGAGCGCGUCGGUCCAUCUCCCGCAGACCGUCCUCCAGGUCAUUGCCACGUCACUAGAAGCUGACGUGGUCGUCAUGGCGGUUCUACUGCCUCCGCCAGGCCCCACAGUCGCGGAUAUGGCGCAGGCGGCGGACGAAGCCGCGGCUGCUGCAGGCGCUCCCCCCGCCCCUGCGCCUCUCUUCCCCGGCGCUGCUUUCUCCCCCGUUGCGCCCGCCUUCGGCGCGCAUUCGCUUGGCGCGGAAGCCAGCGCGGACAGGUCCGGGGAGUUUGGCGCAUGCGCCAGUAGCGGAGGGGAUGUUAGCGGCCCCGUCUUCCCCCCCUGCGUUCAUUCCACUACACUCUUCCCCCUUCCCCCCAAUGCCUUAUCCGUGCGCACAUACCUCCCCCCCCCAGGUGGUGAGCACGGCGGGGCUGCAUCUGCCAGCAGUGAUCGAGGAUGUGCUGGGCUGCCGCCCCCGCCGCUUCAUGGGCCGAUUCGUGCGCCUGCACAGGUGCGUGCAUGGCAAGAGUCGGGGUGCGUGCACAGCUACCGCGGGGUGCUGUACGUGCUGUGGAGCGACCCGGCCAAGCUGCCAUUUGAGAUGUCUCAAGAGUUACAUACCCCCUUUCCCCCUUCUCCCCCCCCACCCCCCUCCCCCCCCUCUCCCAGCUACCGCGGCGUGCUGUACGCGCUGUGGAGUGACCCCGCCAAGGUGCCAGCAACGGUGGAGGAGGUGAUGGCACGCGCGGCGCACACGAUGCCGCUGCUCAUGGCCAACCGCAUCUCCGCCCGCCAGUCCGCGCGCCUGGGGCAGCAGUUUGACGCCAUCCUCAAGCGCAUGCCGCAGGCCGUUGUCUUUGUUGACGAUGAGCUCGCUCAGGUGGUGGUGAACCCAGCAGCUGCCGACCUGUUGGAUCUGCCGUGGUUCAGCAUGGUGGCAGGGGCGGUAGAGACGGAGAUAGAGGAGGAGUGGGAGCUGCGCGAUCCGCCCAUGGUGCUGCGCGUGCACUCGUACCCCGUGGCAGCACACACCACCUCCGCGCACGGCCGCCUGUGGCUCUUUGAAGACGUCACUGCCGACCGCCGCGCCCGCCAGGCCAUUGCUGCUGCCAACCGCGCCAAGUCGCAGUUCCUUGCUACCAUGAGCCACGAGCUGCGCACUCCCAUGACUGGCGUGCUGGGCAUGCUGGACCUGCUGCGGUUGACGGAGAUGAGUGAGGAGCAGCACGGGGUGCUGAAGCUGAUGCAGGCGUCAGCGGACGGGCUGAUGACGGUGCUCAACAACAUCCUCGACUUCUGCAAGAUGGAGGCGGGCAGGCUGCUGCUCGAGUCCAUCGACUUCAGCAUUUCAGCCCUGUUGGACCAGGUGCGUGCCUGCUGGCGUGUGAGACAUCUCAAGAGUACUGCGUUCCUCCCCCACCCGGCUGCGUUCCUCCCCCACCCGGCUGCGUUCCUCCCCCACCCAGCUGCGUUCCUCCCCCACCCAGCUGCGUUCCUCCCCCACCCAGCUGCGUUCCUCCCCCACCCAGCUGCGUUCUUCCCCCACCCAACUGCGUUCUUCCCCCACCCAACUGCGUUCCUCCCCCACCCGGCUGCGUUCCUCCCCCACCCAACUGCGUUCCUCUCCCACCCAACUGCGUUCCUCCCCCACCCGGCUGCGUUCCUCCCCCACCCAACUGCGUUCCUCCCCCACCCAGCUGCGUUCCUCCCCCACCCAGCUGCGUUCUUCCCCCACCCAACUGCAUUCCUCCCCCACCCAACUGCGUUCCUCCCCCACCCAACUGCGUUCCUCCCCCACCCAGCUGCGUUCUUCCCCCACCCAACUGCGUUCCUCCCCCACCCAACUGCGUUCCUCCCCCACCCAACAGCGUUCCUCCCCCACUCAACUGCGUUCCUCCCCCACCCAACUGCGUUCCUCCCCCACCCAACUGCGUUCUUCCCCCACCCAACUGCGUUCCUCCCCCACCCGGCUGCCUGCGUUCUUCCCCCACCCAACUGCGUUCCUCCCCCACCCAACUGCAUUCCCCCAACUGCGUUCCUCGCCCACCCAACUGCGUUCCUCCCCCACCCAACUGCGUUCUUCCCCCACCCAACUGCGUUCCUCCCCCACCCGGCUGCGUUCCUCCCCCACCCAACUGCGUUCUUCCCCCACCCAACUGCGUUCCUCCCCCACCCGGCUGCGUUCCUCCCCCACCCAACUGCAUUCCCCCAACUGCGUUCCUCGCCCACCCAACUGCGUUCCUACCCCACCCAACUGCGUUCCUCCCCCAUCCGGCUGCGUUCCUCCCCCACCCAGCUGCGUUCUUCCCCCACCCAACUGCGUUCCUCCCCCACCCAACUGCAUUCCCCCAACUGCGUUCCUCUCCCACCCAACUGCGUUCCUCUCCCACCCAACUGCGUUUCUCCCCCACCCAACUGCGUUUCUCCCCCACCCAACUGCGUUCCUCCCCCACCCUGCUGCGUUCUUCCCCCACCCGGCUGCGUUCCUCCCCCACCCAACUGCGUUCCUCCCCCACCCAACUGCGUUUCUCCCCCACCCAACUGCGUUUCUCCCCCACCCAACUGCGUUUCUCCCCCACCCAACUGCGUUCCUCCCCCACCCAACUGCGUUCCUCCCCCACCCAACUGCGUUCCUCCCCCACCCAAUUGCGUUCCUCCCCCACCCAACUGCGUUCCUCCCCCACCCAACUGCGUUCCUCCCCCACCCAACUGCGUUCCUCCCCCACCCAAUUGCGUUCCUCCCCCACCCAACUGCGUUCCUCCCCCACCCAGCUGCGUUCCUCCCCCACCCAGCUGCGUUCCUCUCCCACCCAAUUGCGUUCCUCCCCCACCCAACUGCGUUCUUCCCCCACCCAACUGCGUUCCUCCCCCACCCAACUGCGUUCCUCCCCCACCCAACAGCGUUCCUCCCCCACUCAACUGCGUUCCUCCCCCACCCAACUGCGUUCCUCCCCCACCCAACUGCGUUCUUCCCCCACCCAACUGCGUUCCUCCCCCACCCGGCUGCGUUCCUCCCCCACCCAACUGCAUUCCCCCAACUGCGUUCCUCGCCCACCCAACUGCGUUCCUACCCCACCCAACUGCGUUCCUCCCCCAUCCGGCUGCGUUCCUCCCCCACCCAGCUGCGUUCUUCCCCCACCCAACUGCGUUCCUCCCCCACCCAACUGCAUUCCCCCAACUGCGUUCCUCGCCCACCCAACUGCGUUCCUCCCCCACCCAACUGCGUUCUUCCCCCACCCAACUGCGUUCCUCCCCCACCCGGCUGCGUUCCUCCCCCACCCAACUGCGUUCUUCCCCCACCCAACUGCGUUCCUCCCCCACCCGGCUGCGUUCCUCCCCCACCCAACUGCAUUCCCCCAACUGCGUUCCUCGCCCACCCAACUGCGUUCCUACCCCACCCAACUGCGUUCCUCCCCAAUCCGGCUGCGUUCCUCCCCCACCCAGCUGCGUUCUUCCCCCACCCAACUGCGUUCCUCCCCCACCCAACUGCAUUCCCCCAACUGCGUUCCUCUCCCACCCAACUGCGUUCCUCUCCCACCCAACUGCGUUUCUCCCCCACCCAACUGCGUUUCUCCCCCACCCAACUGCGUUCCUCCCCCACCCUGCUGCGUUCUUCCCCCACCCGGCUGCGUUCCUCCCCCACCCAACUGCGUUCCUCCCCCACCCAACUGCGUUUCUCCCCCACCCAACUGCGUUUCUCCCCCACCCAACUGCGUUUCUCCCCCACCCAACUGCGUUCCUCCCCCACCCAACUGCGUUCCUCCCCCACCCAACUGCGUUCCUCCCCCACCCAAUUGCGUUCCUCCCCCACCCAACUGCGUUCCUCCCCCACCCAACUGCGUUCCUCCCCCACCCAACUGCGUUCCUCCCCCACCCAAUUGCGUUCCUCCCCCACCCAACUGCGUUCCUCCCCCACCCAGCUGCGUUCCUCCCCCACCCAGCUGCGUUCCUCUCCCACCCAAUUGCGUUCCUCCCCCACCCAACUGCGUUCUUCCCCCACCCAACUGCGUUCCUCCCCCACCCAGCUGCGUUCCUCCCCCACCCAGCUGCGUUCCUCCCCCACACGGCUGCGUUCCUCCCCCACCCAACUGCGUUCCUCCCCCACCCAACUGCGUUCCUCCCCCACCCAGCUGCGUCUCUGGAUGCAGGUGGCGGUGCGUUCUGUACCGGCAGAGCAGUGCAAGGGCAUGCGUCUGGUUGCCCUGAGUCCCGGAGUGCCCUAAGUCUCGUACCUCACCUGAUCACACUUCUCUCCCGCAUCCCGUCCCAUGCAUGCAGGUGGUGGUGCUGUUCGAGCAGGCGGUGCAGGACAAGGGCAUGCGCCUGCUCAUCCACCCACCGCCCCCCGAUGCUCUCUACGUCUGUGGCGACCCUGUGCGCGUCAAGCAGGUGGGUUGGGCGCGCAGGUGGGUUGGACACGCAGGUGGUCCUCCUCCUCCCUUAG